AUGGCCGUUGCGGAGAACGCGACGACCGAUGUCUUCACGUUGAACAUGGCAAAGGCCACAUCGGCGUUGUCCAACUUCUCAGUAACCCCGGCCCCAACCCCGGAAGACACGCAGACCUGUCGCACAUCAAUACUCCCAGACGAGAACAAAAAUCAAGAAGCAUCAGGAACAGCUGGGAAGGGCGCCUACCACUACAACACUAGAAUGACGGACGAAGAGCUGCUUCGACAGGAGGAGGAAAACAUAUACAAGGGAAUCCCGUUGGACUGGGCCAAGGUCCAAGUCUCCUUUCUAAAUGCUCGAAGGAAAAAAGGGCUGCGAUACAAGAGGGACAGGCUUUUGUUUUACUCUGGUAUUCUGAAGGAAGCAAAGGCGGCUAAGAAGGAGGAAAAGGAGAAGGCAAAGAAGGCGUUACUCAGUUGA